UUGUAAGCAGCAGAGCUUGUGAGGAUAUGCAACUAACAUGAUUUACUCUAGUUACUCAGUUUGCCUGUUAAUUGCAAUUUCUACAUUAAAAUGUGAAUCAGGAAAUGAAAGAAAUGAUCGACUGAGAACUGCUAUCAGCAAUGAUCAACCAAGAAUAACUUCAAAUAAUGGCAAUUUGAUAUUUCAAACUGGGAACCUAAAGAAUAUUGAAUUCAAGACUUCAUCAUCUGGGAGGAUAAAAUUAAAUAAUGAUGAUCUGGAACAACACCUCAUUCAGAUUAGAAAAAAUAAGGAUGACAUUGUGGAAUUGAAAACCAGUGGAGGUCAUAUCCCUCAGAAUGUUUCUAAUCAAAUCAUUCAGCUGAAUGCAAGGCUGCUAAGCCUUGAAGCCAGUGUUCAGGCUGUGCAAUCAAUAUUGCAAAGACGUGCAUGCACUAGCAACCCAUGUCAGAAUGAUGGAAGGUGCCUGGAUCUCAUUGAUUCUUUUUUCUGUCUCUGUCCAAACAACUGGAAGGGACUUACUUGCUCUGAUGAUAUAAAUGAAUGUCAGGUCUACGCUGGAUCAUCUCUAGCAUGUCAGAAUGGAGCAACGUGUGUUAACACAGAAGGCAGUUACAGAUGUAACUGCACCCCCGAAUGGUAUGGUCCACACUGUACCUUCAAAUAUGAUGAUUGUCAAGGUGGUUCAAAAGCAGUAUGUGAACAUGGCAUCUGCAUUGAUUCAGAGAGAGUGCAGCCAAACCAGCCUAAGUUCCAGUGUAUCUGUGAUGCUGGAUGGACUCAUGCUCCUACAAACUCCUCCUGCAGUUCUGAUAUUGAUGAAUGUCAUCUUCCAGUUUAUCCUUGUUCAACAAAUCCUCCAGUCAAAUGCACUAAUUCUCUGGGAUCAUACCAUUGUGAGGCAUGCCCAGCAGGUUACCAAGGUGAUGGGAAGACGUGCACACUGGUUGAUGUAUGCUCAAUAAACAAUGGAGGAUGCCACCCUUCAGCUUCAUGCAUAUUCAGUCCAGAUAACAUUCUGACUUGCACUUGUCCUCCUGAUUACAUUGGGAAUGGCUAUGGAGCCAGUGGCUGUGUUCCUCUCAACAAUAUCUGUCAACAUGAUAAUCCUUGUGCGAAUGGGCAGUGUGUUUUCACAAUUUCAGGUUACGUGUGCAUUUGUGAUCCAGGAUGGACCAGCACUAACUGUACUGAGAAUAUUAAUGAAUGCGUCAGCAACCCCUGCCAGAAUGGUGGAAGCUGUACUGAUGGUGUUAACUUUUAUUCUUGUACUUGCACUAACGAGUGGACAGGCCCUCAGUGUCGAAUACCACAGCAAGUAGUUGAUCCUGCCUGUGGAGGAACAUAUGAAGACAGUAAGGGCAUUCUCACCACCCCCAGCUGGCCCAAUGCAUAUCCCAGCAACAGGCAAUGUAUCUACAUUAUCCAGCAGCCCAUUGGGGAGCGCAUCCACCUCCAGUUCACACAUAUGGAUUUGGAAUCCAACAACAGCUGUUCCUCUGUCUACGUAGAGGUUCAUGAUGGUGAAACAGAGCUGGAUCCUCUAAUCAACAAGUUCUGUGGUUCCACCCUCCCAGCCCCCAUUACUUCAAAUGGUAACAAACUGUGGAUUAAAUUUAAAGCAGACAUUUCUGUCUCAAAAGGAGGUUUUAUUGCACUGUAUGAAGUUGCAUGCGGUGGCACACUGAAUGGCAAUGGAGUGAUAAAGUCUCCUUAUUAUCCUAAGACAUACCCGCAUGACAAAGUCUGUGAAUGGGUUAUCAACCAACCAGAAGGACAAGUGGUCACACUCAACUUCAUUUCCUUUGAUAUUGAGAAUGCUACAAACUGCAACAAUGACUAUGUGGAGGUCAAGGAUGGACCUGUGAUAGACUCUCCACUGAUUGGUAAAUACUGCGGUACCAACAUUCCACCAAUAAUCCAGUCAAUGCAGAGGUCAAUGUUUGUCAAGUUCAAAACAGACUCCAAAAUAAGUAGCCAUGGAUUUCAAGUCAAGUAUGGAUCAGCCGUGAAAGGAUGUACUGAAGUUCUGACAAAACCAGUAGGUACCAUUUCUAGCCCUGGAUAUCCGACAGAUUAUCCACACGGUGCCAAAUGCAUCUGGUAUAUCUCAGUUCAGCCUGGAAAUGUCAUUCGUCUCACAUUCGAUUUCUUUAAUCUUGAAUAUCACAUGAACUGCGCCAAGGAUUAUGUUGAAGUGUUUGAUAAUGGUACAAUUUUUUAUGGCAGACUAAUAGGAAGGUUCUGCGGAAGGUCUGUUCCUCCUUCUGUGACCAGCAGUGGCAGUUUGAUGAGCCUUCUGUUUGUGUCUGAUUCAAGCAUAGCCAUUCAGGGAUUCGCAGCUAGUUAUGAUUCUCUUGAUGCUUCCUCAGUAUGUCGAGAAGAAUUCUUUGAAUUUACUGGUACAUUAACCUCUCCAAACUAUCCAAAUGGCUACUCUCGUAAUCAAGAGUGCAUCUACACAAUCAAUGUGGAAAACAACAAGCAAAUUCUGCUCAACUUUACUCACUUUUGCUUAGAUGGAUAUCAAACCUGUACUUCUGGCUAUGUUGAAAUUAGGAAUGGUGGAUAUGAAACCUCCCCCUUGGUCGGACAGUAUUGUGGAUCAAAAGCCCCACCACUUAUCACAUCCCACAGUAAUCAGCUAUGGAUUAAAUUUAAAUCAGAUAACACUCUUCAAUAUCGUGUAUUUAAGGCUCGUUGGGAUGGCACUACCACAGGUUGUGGUGGGACUCUUAUAACGUCAACAGGGAGUUUUACCUCACCCAACUAUCCAAUGCCAUAUUCACACAAUGCAGAAUGCUACUGGCUGAUUCAAACAAGUGCAGGUAGUGUGAUUGAACUGCAAUUUGAACAAUUUCAUUUGGACUCCAGCGCUGGAUGCAAUUAUGAUUACCUAGCUGUUUAUAAUGGAAACAACAGUAAUUCCCAGCUUCUGGCCAAAUUGUGUGGUCGACAGAUAUUAGCACCUAUUCUCUCUCCUGGAAAUAGUAUGUACAUAAAACUCCGAACUGAUAGCUCAGUAACAGCAGGAGGAUUUUUUGCUAAAUAUGCACACAUUUGUCAGGGAGUGAUUAUUGCAAAUCGUAGUCAAGGGAUCUUGGAAAGUAUAAACUUUCCACGGCCUUAUCCUUCCAAGCAAGACUGUACCUGGACCAUACAGGCAACAGCUGGGAACACCAUCAACUACACCUUCACUAUCUUCAGUCUGGACUUUAACAAAUGCCACUUAGCUUGGUUAAAGCUAUACGAUGGACCCAGUGCUCAGUCUCCACUUAUCGGUACUUUCUGUGGGAAUUCUAUACCUCCAUCAGGCACAAGCUCUGGGUCUCGACUGCAUGUUGCAUUCCAUUCGGACUCCAGCUUUUCAGGGAAUGGAUUCCAGAUGCUGUGGUUACAGAAUGGAUGCGGUGGAGAAUUGCUUGGGCCAAAAGGCAGAUUCAGCAGUCCUGGCUAUCCAGACCCAUACCCACAUAAUCAGGAAUGUAUUUGGGUCAUUCACGGAGAUUCUGGCAGCAGUAUUGAGCUCACCAUCCAUGAGUUCGAUGUGGAAUAUCACCAGACUUGCAAUUUUGAUGUACUGGAGGUGUAUGGUGGUCCAGACAUUACUUCUGUACGGUUAGCCCAACUGUGUAGAACCCGCCCACCAAACAAUCCAUUAGUGGUCUCCAGCACUGGAAAUUAUAUCACUGUCCGAUUUAAGACAAAUUCAAAUAGCAGUGCAAAAGGUUUCAAUGCCACCUGGAAACAGAUAGCAGGAGGUUGUGGUGGGAAUUUUACAGCUCCUAACGGUGAAAUCCACUCACCAAACUAUCCCAGUCCUUAUGGCAGUAACGUUGACUGUUCCUGGGUCAUCACUGUGGAUUAUCACCACUGUGUCCUCCUUGAUUUUGCUGACUUCGACCUUGAACAUCAUCAGUCAUGUGAUUCUGACUAUGUAGCUGUUUAUGAUGGUUGGAAUGAAGCAGCCCCCAUGUUGGGAAAACUGUGUGGUAGUUUAAUUCCAAAAAGGAUUACAUCAACUCACAAUGUAAUCUAUGUACGUUUCCGCUCAAAUGACAGUAAUGAGCACAAAGGAUUCAGAGCACAAUUUGACCAAGCUUGUGGGUCCUACAUUAUUACUGAUGAUAUUGGUGGAGUUAUCACAUCACCUCUGUAUCCUAAAAACUAUUUAGAUAAUCAGAAGUGUUCCUGGAUCAUUCGAGCGCAGAAACCAUUUAACCAUGUUACUGUCUCUUUUACUGACUUUGAAAUUGAAAACGGUGGUCCAAACUGCUCAGCAGAUGCUUUGCAAAUCUUAGAUGGAGACAACUAUGCGGCCCCUUCUAUUGGUCGUUACUGUGGAAAUAUAAUGCCUCAUCCUAUCACAUCAUUCAGUGAUGCCUUGUUUGUCAACUUCAGCUCCAACAAUGUCAACACAUUCAAAGGUUUCCGAACAGUUUAUGCUGCAUCCACAUCAGCGUGUGGCGGAAUGUAUCACAUGGAAACUGGAGCAUUCAAUAGUCCCAACUUUCCUGAUGAAUCUCCACCCAACUAUGAGUGUGUCUGGUACAUCAUCACUUCACCUGGUAACCGUGUCCAACUAUCCUUCAUAUCUUUCGAUAUUGGAUUAAAUAUAAACUGCAACUCAGCUUACCUUGAAAUUCGAGAAGGGAAUUCCACUGGACAAUUAAUUGGACGUUACUGUGGAAGUUCUUUACCUGCAAAUUAUACAUCAGUUAAGAUACACAUCUUGUGGGUGAAGUUUGUGUCUGACCCAAUAUCUCCUGGUGGUAGAUUCAGUGCCAUCUUUUCUCAUUUGUAUGGCAAUGAGAUUGUCGGAUUCCAAGGACAAAUUGCGUCUCCACUGUGGCCACUGCAUUACCCACAUAAUGCUAACUACCACUGGACCAUUACUGUUCCUGCAUCCUAUAUCGUCCAUGUCAGAAUAUUGGAAUUGGAUAUUGAUGCAUUACAUGAAUGCAGAUAUGAUAAUUUAAUGUUCUAUGAUGGCCCUAAUAUAUAUGAACGUGUUAUUGGAAAAUUCUGCGGCUUUGAACUGCCUCCAGAUUUGUCCUCUACUGGAAGUACAAUGACAGUUCAGUUUAUGAGUGACUCCAGUCUGAAUGGGAAAGGUUUCUUGCUGGAAUGGUAUGCAGUGCUGCACAUUAUUGACCCAACUGCAAUACCUACUGUUCAACCAGGUGCAUGUGGUGGAGUUGUCGUGACUGCGGAUACCCCAACAUUUCUCUUCUCACCAGGUUGGCCCAACAUGUACGAAAACCAUUUGGACUGCUCAUGGGUCAUCCGGGCACCACAAGGCACAGUGGAACUUAACAUUCUGGCCCUAGAUAUUGAACCAAAUGUGCGCUGUUUCUAUGAUAAAUUGGUCAUCAGAGAUGGGGACAAUAGCCAUUCUCCAGUACUUGCCACUUUAUGUGGCAGACAAUUACCUGGACCCGUCCGAUCUAGUGGUGAUGCAAUGUUCAUUCGAUUUACAUCUGAUGAGGAGACCAAUGGUGGUGGAUUCAAUGCUUCUUACUACAAAACUUGUGGUGGGCGGCUCAAUGCUAACCAUGGUGUAAUUCUUUCACCUAACUAUCCCAAUGCAUAUACGUCAAAUCUCAAUUGUACUUGGCUUGUUGCUGUCACCAGUGGUUCCAUAAUCUCUAUCCACUUCAAUUGGACCUUCCAAGUUCAAGGUUCUGGCGUAAACUGUACAACUGGAGACUACUUAGAGUUAAGGAAUGGACUUGAUGUGUCUUCCCCACCUUUGACCACCCAUGGAAGAAAUGGACACUAUUGUGGCAAAAACCCUCCUUCUACAAUGCAUACAUCAGACAAUCAGCUCUUUGUACGAUUCAUUUCUGAUGGAAGUAACGAAGGCAUUGGGUUCAAGUUUACGUAUGAAGCUUCAAAUUAUGCUUGUGGUGGUAUCCUCUAUGCAAACAAUGGCUCUUUCCAUUCACCAAAUUGGCCGCAGAAUUUUCCUGAAAAUAGCGAAUGCACUUGGACAAUUAUAGCUCAUGAAAGCAAGCACCUUGAAAUUACUUUUGACAAGAAUUUCCAGAUUCCAGACAGCACCGUUAACUGUGGGAUCAGCUAUGUUAAGGUCUGGGGAGGAACUGCUGAAACUGCUGAAACCUUGUUGGCUACUCUCUGUGGAAGUGUUGAUCCAGGGCUUGUCAUAUCACCAGCUAAUAUUGUGACAGUUCGGUUUCAGUCUGAAGGCAGCGUGGGAAGUGGUUUCUCAGCAUCUUUCACUGACCGAUGUGGAGCAAAUUUUACAGCUUCUUCUGGCCGUAUUAUAUCACCGAACUACCCUGACAAUUAUGACUCAAACUUGAACUGCGAGUACCUCAUCAAUACAUCCGAUCAGCGACUUAUAAUCUUACAAUUUGAGUCUUUCGAUGUAGAAGGAUUUUUAUGUGAUGAUGACAGUUUGAAGAUAUAUAGUGGAACUACAGCAAAUGGGAAACCUAUAGCUACCCUUUGUGGUUUUCUUACCCCGAGACCAAUCAGUAACCAUAGCCCAAUGCUACUGGUUUUCAAAACAAAUCACGUUAACACAGGAACUGGAUUUGUGGUCAACUACAAUUCAAUCUCCUGUGGAGGUUCAUUCCAGGAAUCAGCUGGCAUUAUCAGCAGCCCAACUUACUCAUGCAUUGAAAAUCACAGCAUGAACUGUACAUACCACAUCACUGUUGGAAAGAACAGGAUUGUUAAAUUGAAAUUCAAUGAAUUUGACAUUGACACCUCAUCAGCAUGCACCUUGACCUAUGUGGCUGUCUAUGAUGGUCCAAACUCCCUUGCACCACUGUUAGGUCAGUUCUGCGGUGCAAAAGUGCCACCAGUUUUAAGGAGCACCAACAACUCGAUAUUCCUUGUGUUUAAAACACACAUCUACUGUCCCAUUGGAGGAUGGAGAGCUUCAUAUACAGAGACAUUAGGGUCAAACCAAGGAUGUGGUGGAUACUUAAGCAAUAUCAUGGACAACAUCAGUUCUCCAGAUAUUAACUUCGAUGGCAAAUAUGAAAAUAACUUAGACUGCGUGUGGCGCAUAGUUGUACCUUUAAACAAGAUCAUCAACAUGACUUUCACAGUCUUUGUACUGGAGGGCCCAUCGGAAGGAAUUUGCAAAUCCGAUUAUGUUAAUAUUUAUGACGGAGAGGAUAUAAACAGCCCAUUAGUAGGCCCUUACUGUGGCUCUGAACUCCCACCUUCCUUUGUCUCAUCCAGUAACUUCCUUACUGUGAGAUUCAUCUCUGGCUCCUCAGUUGAAUUAGCUGGCUUCAAUGCAACAUAUGUAGCCAAUGAUCUGGUCUGUGGUGGAAAUUUCAAUUCUACUGACAUAACUCAGAUCAUUACACCUCCUGGCUACCCGCACGAUUAUCCGCCCCUCACCAAAUGUGACUGGAUCAUCGAUGCUCCUGCGCAGGAACAAAUCUGGGUGACGGUACAGGAAUUCAAUUUGCCAACCAGCCCAAACUGUACUGGAGAUUACCUGGAGAUUAAAGACUGGCCAUUGAGUGAUUUUGGGCAAAUUUAUCGAUUAUGUGGUUCCAAUCCAACGUUUCCAGAUUUCUAUUCAUAUGGUCGCACCAUUAAGAUUACCUUUAUGUCAAAGAUGUACCAGAGUGGAAACAUAUUCCAGUUAAGGCACAAAGUUGCAGGUUGUAGCAGACAAUACAACCAGUCAUUUGGUUACCUGAAGAGUCCUGGCUGGCCCAAUGUCUAUCCACAUUAUUGUGAUUGCACAAUCAUUCUGAGAGCCCCAGAGAGCCACAAGAUCUCCCUCUUCUUUCAUGCCUUCAGCAUCGAAAAUUUUCCUGGUUGCCACACUGACUAUUUAGAGAUCAAAAAUGGUACAGAAAGUAAUGGACAACUGCUUGCCAGGUUGUGUGGUAAAAAACUGCCAAAUCCCAUUUUCCCAAAUUUCCACGCACUUACUUUACAUUUUAAAUCUGAUGUCCUUGGAACUAGUGAUGGUUUUGAGAUCACUUGGACAUCUUCUCCAAAUGACUGUGGUGGAACAUUGUUUGGCUCCACUGGGUCUUUUUACAGUCCCAACUACCCAGGCACCUACAGCAACAAUACCGACUGUGAAUGGAUAAUUGAGGCACCAAUUGGACAUGUGCUAACAAUACACUUCACAUCCCUUAAUAUUGAUGACCCUGGUGACUGUAUCAAGAACUAUUUGAAGUUGUACGAUGGUCCAGAUUCCAUUUCACCACCAAUUGGACCGUACUGUGGAAUGGAAAGUAACAUUGCUCCUUUCACUUCUACAUCUUACCGUGUGUUUGUGAAAUUCCAUGCUGAAUAUGCAGUUAUACCAUCUGGAUUCAGAUUACAAUGGACCAGUUAACUUGAUGUGAAGAGCAGAUCAAUAGUUACAAUAUAUAGUAACAUGCUAUUGCUUUAAUUCAUUUUGAUUGUUUGUUUAAAACGGUUAUGAGUUAGUGUGACUUUUCUAAUGGCCAAAGUGAAAUGCAUCAGUUAUUUACCAAAUUAGGUAAUAAAUCUUUCACAGUAAAAAUGUUAAUUUGUUGAAGUGCCAGGGCAUUUUGAUAGAUUUAACAAUUUCUAAAACAUUAUUCUAAAUUACAGAAGGAGAAAUUACUGUCAUAAUAAAGAGGAAGUCAUUACAAGAAUAUGACAGAAGCAGAUAGAGUUACUGAAAGUUAAAUAUGGAGGUCAGAAAUGUGAGACUAAUAUGAAUAAGGGAAAAUGAAGGCUGAAAAUGAUCAACCAGAAGAUAACUUGUUAAGAGAGGAGAGUGUGUGGCACAGAUAGCAGUGUUAUAUUGAGAUUAAAUAUCUCUAGUAACUGAUAACUGUGUGGCAGGAAGGAAGAGAUUGCACGAGAGAGGAUGCAAAUGAUAUUUACAAGUAUGUUGUAAGCCGUGGCAAAUUUUAGCCACAUUGAAAGAUUGAAUGGAGUAGGGUUAUUUUCUUUUGACCAGGGGAGGCUGAAUGGAGAUAAUACUGAGGAGUGUACAAGUAUGAGAAGUUUCGCUGAUGUAAGUGGGAAGGAUAUAUUUUCCUCAGCUGAAACGUCAUGAAACAACAGCAAUUGUUUUGAAGUAAUUGACAGUUUGAUUCACGAGGAGUUGAGAAAAUACUUUUUUUCACGCAGAAGGCGCAGGGAUUAGGAUUUCAUUGUCUGAAAAGAUUAUAGGGGAAAGAAAUACCCUCACCUAAUUUAAAAAGUACAACUUGAUUGUAUGAAUGGGAGAAAAUGCAAAAUAGUCAUUUUUUUGGUGCUGUCACAGCAAAGCGUUAUUUCAUUGUCUAAUAUCCAUGUAAAGAAUGUAAAACUGCAAUGCAUUUUGCUUUUAUGCUGAUGUGGCAUUUG